CCUGAGGCUCCGCUCCAGCCCGGGAUGAUCCUGCCCGCGGCAUGGAGCCAGUGUCCGUCGAUGACUGCCGUGCGUGCCAGCAGCAGCAACUGCAGCUGCAGCUGCAGCAGCAACAGCAGCAACAGCAGCAGCAGCAGCCGUCGUCCCCCGCCGACGGUGGAGACAACGAGGAGGAAGCGGGCGGCGCCGAGGACGAAGAGAAGUCCAUUCCGGUGGCUUUUCCGCGCAACAUCCUGCGCUGCCUGGUGCUUCUCCUGCCCGUGUCGGUGCCCGUGGUGGUGUACGUGCGGGACGCCGACUCUACGCGACGCCUCUUCCUGGUCGCCUUUGCACUCUUCCUGCUGCUCGUCUUCUCCUGCGUCACCAUGGCGCUGGUGCGGUCCCGCAGCAGGGCACACGACGACGAGGAGGAGGCUGCGCCCAGGGCCGGGCGCCCGUCUAGCCGAGGCCUGCCUUUCCUGCGAGCCAUGCCGUACCGCGUGGCGGCGCGGGCCCCUCCCCGCUACCCGGGCUACCGGCUGGCCGGCCAGCAGCAGCUGAGCGCAGCCAGGUGCGCCACGCUGGCCGCGGAGGACCCGCCGCCCUGCUACCUGGACGCCCUGCGCUGCCCGCUGGCGCAGACGUACAAGGCGCGCGACACCGAAACGCCGCCGCCCGCGUACGACGCCAUCUCCUGAGCCUCGGACUUCUCGGACGCCGUGAGCCAGCAGGGAGAACGCGCGAGACGCGCACACUUAUAGAGGACCAAGCAUCCGCGGCUGCGGCGACUGAGCGUCUCGGACGGGGCGUCACCCUGAUCCGGGAGCAUACGCUGCUCGGGCUCUGCGGCCGUCGUCGCGCGAGCUGAAUGUGCGCGCUUCCUGUGAAGCCAGGCGACAGCGCUAUGUCCUGUGGACACGGAUGAAGACACCCGCGUCGGAGUGCAAGGUGCCGAGUGGACGUGACCGCAAGGCGACAACGAGGAACAGGCGCUUGCGUGUGUGCAGCGACGAGAGUUCUUUCGUCUUCUUGGGGCUUGGCGCCUGCGUCUUCAACGCACGAGUGACUUCGGUGCCGUCACAGCGUUGCAUAUCGUGUGCGAAUGUGGGACAACUGAUUCCCUCGCGCAAUGCGCGGUGCCGUGCUUCUAUGUUCACAACGUGAAGUGAGAGCUGUAGCUGAAUGCGCACAAAGCACCGUCUAGCGAGGUAUUGCUUUGUUUCCGAACUGAGUAGCUGUGACUCGCCACUCCACGAAUGGAUUACUUCCUGCGAAGUCAGGCGACAGCGUUGUCUUGCGUGUACGUGAACGAAGAACUUAGUUCGCAGUGAACGGCACCGACCUCGCACGAUCACCGAGUGAAGUGAGAAGGAAGUGCUUGUUCUAGUGCGCGGCUGUGAACGCAGAUUUUCUGUGAAUCUGCGUGGGGCUUCACAGACGACGCCAUGACGAAUAGACGUUAGAUCACCGGGAGAAGCCUGCGCCGAGACGUCGUAUUGUAGCCACGACACGCGAGCCUUCCUGCGCUCGUAGCCUGUACAAAAUUCUCACGCAGACUCUCACGAUGACGACACUGCGGCCGACAGAGACGAAUGUUUGCGUGUGUGUGUGUGUGUGUGCGUGUUUACAAACGGUGUUUACGCGUGUACAUAGAUGAGGUUCGUCGUGCGCUUACCCAGCCGUUCCGAGAGACCCUGCCUUCCCUCGGUCAGUGUUGACGCCGCGGUUGAGGGUGCAUCCGCAGAGGCUACGAUCGCGGUGCAACCAAAUGGUACGGCUCUUGCGUUGUGCUCUCCGCGUCUCCUUCAGCAGUUGACGGAGGGUCUCAGCUGACGCGCACACUCCUCCUGGUUGUUGAAGGGCUCGGCAUGAAGCACAGGUGAAGCACAGGCUAGACUCUCAAUCCACGAGUCUUCGAUAUCAAAGGCCACGCGAGGCGCUCCGUAUAAGAAUGUCGAUGGUAACUGCCCCUGCGUGCGACCAAAAGAACUCUCGGACAAUUACGCUUGCAUGCAGGAAUAACUCGGCAUGAUGUCUCUUUUUUUUUUUCGCAGCUCUUCUCUAAACGAAAACAGCGCUUCUCUUGCAGUGACCAGGCCGUAAGUGUGCUGCCAGACCCUUAGCGAGUAUAGGAGCAGUGGAUUAGGUUGCAACUAAGUAGACUGCGUUUUUUGGCGUUUGAGUUUGCACGUAGACGAGUGUGUAGCUGCAAGGUUCAGUCCCUGUAGUGGCAGCCACAAGUUGACCCGGAAGUGGAGAGAAUGUAGCUCGUAUCCGUUGACUAUUCUUAAUCGUCGUAACAAUAUUGUCGACACGUAGUAACAGUUCACUUAUUUUCGCUCCGCGCGCUAAGUUGAUUUGUGCAUGCAGUCACCUAAGGAGUGGCUGAAGUGGCCAUCGAGAAGAAGAAAAAAAUGCCGUUGGGUGGGUGACCGGAAGGGUACUGUUCUCAGUCCCUACCCUACAUUAUCGACAGUAGUUCUCACGUUGUGUAAAAACAGAAGUACGCCGCACGUUUUUGUCUAAACCAGCACGGCGCGAUGAAUCUUUUUUAUUGGUUCAUCUUAUUACGCCGCAUCGAAUCACGAGCACCUAGUAGCUGCACCAUGCAGUUUGUGGUGUUUUGUUUUCGCGUUCUUUGUAGCGCACACUCUUCACAGCGUCAGAGCCUAUAUGUUUGCGUUGCUCGAGUUCACGCUUCCCAGAGACGCAAACUUGGCCGUUGAGACACACUGACACGCACACCACUUAGUCAGUGGGAGUCUGGACAAUGGGCAACAUUCUCACGCAAGCGAUGCGUCGUAUUUUGUACCAUCACAAAGCUCGGUAAGUCGUCAGCAAGGAAUGAAACACUUUUGGGCAUGCUACUGAGCAAAAAAAAAAUAAAUUAAGAUCUUUCUGUAGGCGCUCUUGUGCAAAGGCGUUCCUUAGGGGUACCCACAAACGCGCUAUUUGCAACUUGCUACAGACAGAAUCUCCAUAAGGUUUUUUUUUUUUGAUGAGGAUGCAAAAUAACAUUCCGGCCGGUCAUGUUCAAGAUAUUCAAGACAACAGAAUCUCGAAUUUGUAUUCCGACGUUCCUCUUGCUUCUUCUUUCUUUUUUUUUAUUUCGCUUCUUAGCAGUUUGUUUCGGUAUUCCCAUAAGUUCUCGUCUGCUGACGAUGAAACCGGAAAUCUCUAGUUUAAUCUCUGCGUUUUUUUCUUUAGCUUCUCGGUGAAGUAAAACCAUUUUGGGUUUUACAACGUUACCAGCAACGUUUAUGAAGACAAACAUGUUCAGAAGAAAUAUAUGUUCAGAAGAAAAUGUA